CUUGUCUGCAUUUGUUUAAUAAAUCCUAACUUAAUGAGCUGUAGUUGAAUGCUCCUAAACUUGGACCUAGGAGUUUACCAGGCGAAGUGAAGGCAUCAGUAGAGUUCAGGGAGAAAUAGCAGCGAGAAAUGAAAACAUACCUGUCCAAACAUAAGAAAGUUUGGAAUUUAUGUACAAACUAAUUUGAUAUUUUGAGCCCUCGCAAUAUACACGUUUUGGCAGUCUAAAAAUAUGAAGCCCCUGCUAUUACACACUUUUUAUCCUUCAUACCUGUUUCUCCACAGCACUUAAAUUAUCGUGCAAUAAUAUCAUGGGGCCAGUCACACUUUUCAGCCCAUAUUGUCUGACUGUCACUAAAGAGAAACCAAACCGGUGGAAACCCCAAGUUAAAGUGCGCAUGCGCCUUUCCGACUGGGGUUUUUCUGAAGAGUUCUGUAUAACAGCCGUUGUUUGUCACUUUUGGAGGAUAAUAUAUCUGCCACACGACUGAUGGACAGCUCUGAUCUUCUGACCCGUUUUAAUAGCAGCAAUUUUACAGUAAUGAAAGAAAAAACGCCGUUGAAUCAGGUGAUGGCUUUUAAACCCUCCGACAUGCAGGGGGUGGUGCAGGUGGUGAAGAGGGUGGUGCAGAAGGGCUGCAGACGGGCCUGCCAGCUCUUCUGCAGCCCGUUGGGCACUCUGUUGUGUGAAAAGGUCACGUGCUGCCCAGCUCAAAAACAUCAGCUUACAGAGGAUGAAACUACACAAGUGGCACUCCGGACUCCGCCGUCAACCAUUUUGAUUGUGAACAUCAGCAACUCCACCCUGAUCGACUGCGUCAUUGGGAACGACACCUACCAGUCUGCAGUGGCAGAGAGUCAGCCUCUGAUGCAAGAGUCCGGGCUCCACAUGCAAAAUCAGAUGAGGUGCAGCUACGUCCACGGACAGGGUGCAGCACAGACCCCUCCUUCUCCACUUCCGCCUCCUCCUCUCUGUCCUCCCCUUCCACCGGAGGAGCCUCAGAGCAUCAACAUCCACAGCUCCCAUCUCAACUGCGUCAUCAUCGGGGACAACAACUACAUGCACGCCGAGCAGAUCCACUCGGCCGAAACAGAAGAUCCGCGGGUGUGAGCGCACAGAGCUGACACCACACACUACACACUGUGAAAACACCGUCAUCUUGGGGGGGGUGAGAACUUAAACUCAGUAUUAGGAGAAAAGUUUUGAGUUGUCUGUCAGUCUCCUGACAACUUAUUUUGACCCAGACUUGUCAUUUAUUUUGUAACAAUCAUAACAAUCCUAUCAGGUAUUUUUAUUUUUUAAUCAGUUGCAUUUUCUUAAUUUAUCAGUUGUUUUAUCUAUAAAAUGUCUGAAAAUAGUAAAACAGAUGUCUGUCACAGUUUCCCAGAGCCCAGGCUGACAUAUUCAAACUGCUUGUUUUGUCUGAUCAGCUUUUGAGAACCCAUAGAUGUUCAGUUUCAUAUCAUAAAAAGCAGCAUAUAUUCACAUUGAGGAAGCUAGAACCAGAGGAUUUUGGCAUUUGGAUCGACAUCCCUGCAUGAACUAAAACAGUGACAUCACAGUUAUGGUUCAGCGGAGUGUUUUUGCUCUGGUUUUCAUCAUUCGUUACAGUUGUCCAAGUGUUGUAAGACUUCCGGUGCACACAAACGAACGUCGGCUCGCCAAAACCAUAUCAUAAAAUAAUUCUCUUCAGUCAAAGGGUUUCCUGUUUCGCAAUGCCAGGUCUUCUGCUCCUCUGUCAGACAUGAGGACAUGAAGUUUGGAGCAGUGGGAAAUUUACUGCAUUUAUUUACCACAUAGAUGUGACUUUUUAAUGACUCAUCUCUCCAUGACCAGUUGAUCUUUCUUGGGUGUAUGACCAGUGGUCUGAUAUGCUAAUCGGUUUACUUUGUUAGGAAGAUAACUUAAUGUAUGAUUCAUGAAUUGUAUAUUGUGUGAUGCACAGACAAACAGUUUUGAAAUACGGUGUGUCUGUGAUUAAAAUCCUUAUCAUGUCAUGAUAAAGGUCUUGACUUAUGUUAAAAUGUAUGGCCUGUGGUCAUUAACAGUAGACUACUUAGUAGUGUUCAUUGCCGGAAGUAAUUUUGAUUUCUUGCAUUUUUAUGUUUGAUAUUGUUUAAUCUUAUAAAAUAACAGUUGGACCUUUGUGUUCAGGUUAUGCUGUACACAAAUUAUGGACUAAGAGGACUUUGAAUCAAUAUGCCACGCUUGUGCCUGCUGGUAUGUUCAUAUACAGUAUGAUGAUAUGAUGGUGAUCUGCUCCAUGUAACUUUGACACAGUGUAUUACUUCUCGUAUUCUUCUGAAAUACUGUAUGAGAUUGUUUUGGAUUUUGUUGCUGUAUUUUGUUGCCCGUUUUGCAAUGACAAAAAAAAAAUGUUUAACAUGUAUUUUAUAUAAAGAACAUAGAGGAUACACUGUUUAGGAAUUCCAUUUGUUAUUUAUUGUAAUUGAAUUAUAUAUAUUAUUUCAGUGU